UGAGUUAAGGUGAAAGCGAAAGCGGGAAGCGUCAGACUUGGAGCCCUGCAGAGAACAGGCUUCCGCUUGCUUUUCUCACUCCUUGCUGGUCCCACUCGUCUAACCAUUGACCCCCUAAUCCCUGGACUUCCCUGACCUUCCCAAGAUGCUGCAAACAGAGCUAGAGCCCCAAGUGGGCUUCUCCUUCGAGAACUGCCAGAGAAAUGCAUCCUUGGAACGUGCCCUCCCGUGGCUCCGGGUCCCUAAUGCACGCAAGACCGGGACCACCAUCGCGGGCCUUGUGUUCCGAGACGGGGUCAUCCUGGGCGCGGAUACGCGGGCCACUAACGAUUCGGUCGUGGCGGAUAAGAACUGCGAGAAGAUCCACUUCAUCGCUCCCAAAAUCUACUGCUGUGGGGCUGGAGUAGCCGCUGACGCAGAGAUGACCACGCGUAUGGCGGCGUCCAACAUGGAGCUACACGCGCUUUCCACGGGCCGCGAGCCCCGCGUGGCCACGGUCACCCGCGUUCUGCGCCAGACGCUCUUCCGGUACCAGGGCCACGUUGGUGCAUCACUGGUCGUGGGAGGCGUAGACGUGACAGGACCUCAGCUCUACAGUGUGCACCCCCAUGGCUCCUACAGCCGUCUGCCUUUUGCGGCCCUGGGCUCCGGCCAGGAUGCGGCCCUGGCAGUGCUGGAGGACCGGUUCCAGCCGAACAUGACGAUCUCACACACACUGCCACAGUUGGAGGCCGCACAGGAGCUGCUGGUGGAAGCCAUCACUGCAGGAAUCCUGGGUGACCUAGGCUCUGGGGGCAAUGUUGAUGCAUGUGUGAUCACGAGGACCGGCGCCAAGAUGCUGCGAACACUGAGCUCACCCACAAAGCCCAAAGAGAGGCCUGGCCAGUACCUCUUCGCUCCUGGGACCACAGCUGUCCUGUCCCAGACAGUUAUGCCACUGCCCCUGGAGCUGGUAGAGGAAACCGUGCAGACCAUGGAGGUGGAGUGAAGUAGGCUGAGGCUUAGAACUUGGAACAAUGGGGAAUAAAUGCAGAAAAUACAAACACCAGAACAAAUGGCUAUGUUGUUCUUGGGUAGAGGGUGCAAGCAGCUAGCAAGGCUCUGUGGCUAAGGUAUCCCUGUAAGGGCCACUCCCUGCUAUGGCUCCAGUGUCUGGUCUAAGAGGUGCCCUUCACCCAUCACCAUAGGCAUCUACUCCCUCUAGAAUCACAACCUCGGCAAGCAUUGAAGGCUCAAGGUGGAAAGCCCCCUUCUGACCCCUACCACUCGUACACCUU